AUGCUGCGACCCUUGCUCCUUCCUCUCCACGCCCAAAACGACGACGACACGACCACUCCAGCGUUUCUGGACUUUUUCGACCAUUCUGCCUCACGAUCCUCUUUGACGACCGUCGACCACCUCCACUCGGCAGCGCGGCCACCGAGACACACUCGUUCUAUCCGUCCCCCGUUGGUCGCCAAGGCCCAGCGCGUCCCCUCGUUUUCUUCUUUGCUUCUUUCUUCCUCGCCUGCUUCCCGACGACGCCGCCGUGAGAGACCAUACGACUCGAGCGACCGUUAA